AUGACAUAUUUCAGAGAUAACCUACACAAAAUUCUAUCUUUAAAUGUUGUCAAGAUAAUAGUUUUUAUAAUUUACUUUCUGAAUUUAUCAUUUGGAAUAUGGGGAGCCUUAACAAUAAAUCAUGGUAUAGACGUCACUACCUUAUAUCCUGAAGAAUCGCCGAUAACCAAGUCUACCAAAAUAUAUUAUAACAGUUUUACCCGUUAUUCCUUCCCUUACCAAGUAGUUAUUAAUACUACAUUAGAUUAUUCAGAUGUAAAUGCGCAACCAUCCCUAGACAAACUGAUGAACAAAUUUGAACGUCUUCCAUAUAUUGCAGAUUCUCGAUUUACUUUAUCGUGGUUAAAAUAUUACAAAGAAUUCCAGAAUCAUCCUGUUGCAAAAUAUUCAUUACGUGGUUACAACAUGUCCGUAAAAGAAGAUUUCUUGGAUGGUCUUCACAAUGUUUUUCUUAAAUUUAAAGCAGCGCAGCAAUUCUAUAAUCAUAUUGCUUUCAAUGAAAAGACAACCUAUAUUUUUAGUAGCAGAUUCUUUAUUUUUGUCAACGAUACGCUAAGUUCAGCAGCCGAAGUAAAAAUUUUAAGUAAUUUGUGGAAAAUUGUUGACGAAUUACACUUUCCUGUUCUGAUUCACGAAGCAUUCGCUCCUGUAUACGUACAAGUAAUCGUCAUUAAACAUACAUUUAGAGAUUUAUUUUGGAUCACGUCUGUUUUAAUAAUGUUACUGUUCUUGCUGUUUAUACCGAACAUUGUCGUUGCUGUUCUGGUAGCAAUAUCGGUAGCAUCAACAAUUGUAGAAACUCUAGGAUAUAUGUUCCUGUGGCGUGUCAACGUGGACAUUUUAUCUAUGAUGAGUCUGAUAUUGUGUGUGGAUUUCUGCGUGAAUUAUCCGGCCCAUAUAUCUUAUGCUUAUGUUUGUUCUGUGUUCGAAACUCCGAGUGAAAAAAUGAAGGACAGUCUCUAUCGUAUUGGCGAUCCGAUAUGUCAAGGAUCUUUGUCUACCUUUUAG